CUCAAGUGUGACACACACAAAGUUGAGGACCCCCAAGUUUGCCCUGCAGAAAGCAAAUCAACAUGGAUGUGUUUAAGAAAGGUUUUUCUAUGGCUAAAGAAGGUGUGGUUGCUGCAGCAGAGAAAACCAAACAGGGUGUGACAGAAGCUGCAGAAAAAACCAAGGAGGGGGUCAUGUAUGUAGGAGCAAAAACUAAAGAGGGUGUUGUGCACAGUGUGAAUACAGUUGCUGAAAAAACCAAAGAACAGGCCAAUGUGGUUGGCGGAGCUGUGGUUUCUGGAGUAAAUCAAGUAGCUACAAAGACUGUAGAAGGCACAGAGAAUGUUGUAAGCUCUACUGGUAUAGUAAAAAAGGACGAUCUACACCCAGGUCAGCUAGAAGAACCUGCUGCAGAAGAAGAUCUGGCAGUGGAGGCUACAGAAAGCACUGAGCAGGCUGGUGAUGGAGAGAAUUAAUCAUUCACCCUUGUGUGCCACUGGGAAUCUUUGAAAAACUAGCUAAGGACAUUGAAGGGAAGCAAUUAAUACCACAAGAAUACCACAGGCUUAAAGCCAACCAACACCUGAAAUUGAAAAAAAAUCCUGUUGAACUAACAAAUCCAUCAGUGUAUGCAUUCAUGUCAUAAUUGUGAAUGUACAGCUUUGUAACCCAACUGACAUAGCACCACUCACACCUGAUCCUUUGUUAUAUAUCCUUCACAUCUCCAUUGUAUUUAUUAUACACAAUUUUGUUUGACCCUGAGCUCUGAAUCCGCAUGGUUUUACUAACAGUGUAUUUUUACUCUUUCAUUUCCUGCCAAUCUUCAUUUGUAUGUGUAUCUAUUUGAUGGCACCUACUACUGAUCCAGUGCUCUGCAUUACUCCAUCUGUGAAUAGUUUUCUUAAGGUGGCCAUAGGUGUAACAAUUACGAUCUUUCCUGGAAAAGAUCUUUUCAAGAAAGAUUGUUUGUUUCAAUCCACACUUGUAAAGCUGAGUCAUCAUAUAUACAGGUAGAAACAAUAGAAUUCUAUCUGUAGCUGACGAUUCAGCACUAAUAAUGGCCAAUAUGCGGCUGCCUUCAAAGGUGCCGGAUCAAAAUGUUCCGGCCAGCCCGAU